UUGACAUCACAUAUCAUCGCACACUUUUGCUCUUGAUAACCCCUCUUGCUUUGCAUUCACUUUUGCAGCAUUUAUAGCAAUGGCUAGUGAGCAAAAAAGAUGGUCAGUUAUGCAUGUAUUAUCAUUAAUAUUAAUACUAAAAAUGGUUUCUUUUGAGGUUAACGGCGACCCUCAAGUUCCAUGUUACUUCAUUUUUGGCGAUUCUUUGGUCGAUAACGGGAACAAUAAUCGUAUCGCGUCAUUGGCUAGAGCUAAUUACUUGCCAUAUGGCAUUGAUUUCCCUAGUGGCCCGACAGGAAGGUUUAGCAAUGGCAAAACAGUUGUAGAUGCUGUUGCUGAGCUACUGGGAUUUGAUGAUUAUAUUCCACCAUAUGCGAAUGCUAGGGGUCGCGCGAUACUUAAUGGUGUGAAUUACGCCUCAGCAGCAGCUGGAAUUAGAGACGAAACUGGCCAACAAUUGGGUGCACGAAUUAGCUUUGCUGGCCAGGUGAAUAACUACAAAACUACAGUGUCACAAGUGGUGAAUAUACUCGGAGAUGAAGAUUCAGCAGCGAAUUAUCUUAGACAAUGUAUAUACUCGGUUGGACUGGGAAGCAACGAUUACCUCAAUAACUAUUUUAUGCCUAACUACUACCAAACUAGCAGGCAAUACACACCGGAGCAGUAUGCUUCAGUCCUCAUUCAACAAUAUUCUGAGCUAGUACGAGAAUUGUAUAACUAUGGUGCAAGGAAACUUGUGUUGAAUGGCAUUGGACAGAUCGGGUGUAGCCCAAAUGCAUUGUCUCAAAGCCCAGAUGGUACUACAUGUGUCGAGAAGAUCAACUCCGCAAACAAAUUGUUCAACAACGAGUUGAUAUCUCUUGUUGAUAACUUCAACAGGGAUCUACCUGAUGCAAAAUUCAUCUACAUCAACAAUUACGACAUUUUCCAAGAUUUUAUCAAUAACCCUCAGGCCUAUGGUUUCACAGUGACAAAUGCUGGAUGUUGUGGAGUGGGAAGGAACAAUGGGCAAAUUACUUGUCUUCCUGGUCAAACACCUUGUCAAAAUAGAGAUGAACAUGUAUUUUGGGAUGCUUUUCAUCCAACUGAAGCUGCAAAUGUAAUCGUUGGUCAGAGAUCUUACAGUGCCCAGUCAGGAUCGGAUGCUCAUCCGAUGGAUAUUCGUCAACUGGCUCAGCUUUAAACUUAUACUACGUUUUGCCACACUUGUACUACUUGAUAAUUUAUUACCUUUGGAAUUGUGUUUGAUAAUUUGUGUUUAAGGCGAUUGUUUUGAUAAAUGUAUUUAUGAUAUUGUUAAUGAUAUAUGAAAACAGCAAGAUUAAGUAUAAGUUCGGAUUUAA